AAAUCUCAACCACACGCAUAGGACAUCCUCUUUCUCUCCUUCCAGGUCGCUCAAGACAUCCCCUACGUCUCAACCACACACCAGCCCAACAUGCGGUCCACUCUCCUCACCGGCCUCAUCGCCGGCCUGCUCUCUCAACAAGCCGCCGCCCACGCCACCUUCCAAGCCCUCUGGGUCGACGGCGCCGAUUAUGGCUCGCAAUGCGCUCGUGUUCCUCCUUCCAACUCUCCCGUCACCGAUGUGACUAGCACAGCUAUGAGGUGUAACGCUGGUACUUCACCUGUUGCGAAGAAGUGCCCUGUCAAGGCGGGAAGCACAGUGACUGUUGAGAUGCAUCAGCAACCCAACGACCGCUCUUGCGCCUCUGAAGCCAUCGGCGGCGCCCACUACGGUCCCGUCCUCGUGUACAUGUCCAAGGUCUCCGACGCCGCCUCCGCCGACGGUUCCUCCGGCUGGUUCAAGAUCUUCGAGGACACCUGGGCCAAGAACCCCUCCGGCGCCUCCGGUGACGACGACUUCUGGGGCGUCAAGGACCUCAACUCGUGCUGCGGCAAGAUGCAGGUUAAGAUCCCCUCGGACAUCCCCGCGGGCGACUAUCUCCUCCGUGCGGAGGUCAUUGCCCUUCAUACGGCUGGCAGUGCGGGAGGCGCGCAGUUGUACAUGACUUGCUACCAGAUCUCUGUUUCCGGCGGUGGUUCCGCUAGCCCGGCGACCGUUAGCUUCCCUGGCGCCUACAAGAGCUCCGACGCUGGUAUUCUUGUCAACAUCCACAGUGCCAUGAGCACCUACGUUGCCCCCGGACCGGCUGUGUACUCGGGCGGAAGCACCAAGAAGGCGGGAAGUGGCUGCGUUGGCUGCGAGUCUACUUGCAAGGUUGGCUCCGGCCCGACUGGAACUGCUUCUGCCGUUCCUGUUGCGAGCACUUCGGCGGCUGCUGGCGGUGGAAGCGGUGGUGGAAGCGGCGGAUGCAGCGCUGCCAAGUACCAGCAGUGUGGUGGAACUGGUUAUACUGGGUGCACGACUUGCGCUUCCGGCUCUACCUGCAGCGCUGUCUCUCCUCCUUACUACUACCAGUGUGUCUAAACACCUCCGCAAGGGGUUACGGACACGAUUGGGAUGUCCUGGAAGAUGGUAUCAAAAGGCGAGAAAUGGAACGUCGAAGUUCACCCGCCUUGCAACAAAA